CGUUUGUGACGAUUGUUCGAUCGCAAAUGAGGAAGAGUCGAUUAUUAUUUUUUAAUCGAUAACAUUGUUGGAUCGACUAAGAAGUGAUAUAAAGUAAAAUAAAUAGAAUAAGUCAAGGCGUAAAGUAAUAGAUAUAAGUCGUAAAAGAUGAAAAAGUUUCCGGUAGCGUGGGUUUACCUCAGCUCCUGCCUCUGGAGUCCACUCUUCCUCCGAAGCUCCUUCUACUUCUUCUGGAUCGUCCGCUGAAUAUUCGUCCUCGUCCGACACAUCCUUGGUUUUUUUCAUGUUGCUUUUGCGCGAAAUUUUCGUAAGAAAUCCCGACGGGGCUCACCAAACGAAGGAAGAAAAAAACGACCGACUAGGAGCAAACCGUUGAACGACGUGCACUUACACCGCAAACAAUAUGGCGUCGCGGCGGCACCGAGAAGUACUUUCACGCGCAGUUACUUCCGCGCAUAUCGGAAGUUCAAUUGUUUCAUUCACUUUCCGCGCCUUUUUUCAAUUUCAUUUCACUUUCCUUUUCUCGUUACAUACUUAUUUAAGUUAUUCAUGAUUUAUUUUUAAUGCUUUCAUUUUCAUCUUUUAUAUAAUCAUUAAUUUUUCUUCUAAUAUCUUUCAUUAUUUAUACCUAACGAUUUUCUAUCAUUUUUAUGUACAUUGUCUUGCACGUAUACAUAGGCACAACGAUAUAAAUGACAAAUAAUGUUUAUACAGUAUGAUUUCCAUUAUAUAUAUAAGAUACGAUGAAAUUGCAAACGUUUCAUAUGAUUUUCGUUUUGAAAGGUUUUCUAGCCCGGGUCGAUAUAAAAGUUGGCGCAUGCGUUCGUCCGUAUUACAUCCUAACGCACCCGUUAAUGUUUACUACAGUAACCAGUGGAUUUUAUCAGAAAUAAUAAAUUAAGAAAAAGAUGUUCGAGCUAUAUGGACUCAGUAAAGAUGGAAUGUUGUAUCGUUCACCACCACCAACUCGAAAGGACGUUGAUAUAUUAGAGACUUGCUUACAACUUUCUUCUCCAGAACUUAUGAGAAAAUUACCUAAUGGCGAUGCUUUACAUCACGUUAAGGAGCCAAAUGUUUCGACUUCAUUAGAUAAAAACAAAGAUGCUUCGAGAGAAAAUGGACGUAGCAUGAGACGAUGGAUAAUUACGGUAGGAAUCUUUUUUUUUGGAUGCGCUUUAGUCGUCGCCGUAGGAUUACCAUUGGGAUUGGAACUUCGGAGUUCUCAUCUUCUAGAAGCAAGAUUGCAGGUUGUUCGGAGAAUGCUUUCAGAAGUUCCAUUGAUCGAUGGUCACAACGACUUCGCUUGGAACUUACGAAAACAUCGAGGAAAUACGAAACUGCAAGAUUUUCCGUUCGACGAAGACGUUUCAAGGAACUCUACUUGGGGCCCUCAAUGGCAAACCGAUCUUGUACGUUUACGUCAAGGUAUCGUAGGCGCACAAUUUUGGUCAGCAUACGUCCCUUGCGAGGCUCAAUUUCUAGAUGCGGUGCAACUUACUCUCGAACAAAUUGAUGUCGUUCGAAGACUCACUUCGAAAUAUUCGACGAAAAUAAGACUGGUAACGACGAGUGGCGAACUCGAAAAGGCUCACAAGGACGGGGUUAUCGCUAGUUUAGUAGGGAUCGAGGGAGGUCACAGUAUCGGUACUUCUAUGGCGGUACUUCGGAGUUUCUAUCGUCUUGGUGCACGUUAUAUGACCUUGACACACAAAUGUAAUACACCCUGGGCAGACUCCUGUUCCGUCGAAGAUCCAGAUAGAGUAGCUCCUGCAGAUUUUCAGAGCGAUGGGCUUUCGAGUUUUGGAAAAGCUGUUGUCAGGGAAUUAAAUCGAUUGGGAAUGCUCGUUGAUCUUUCUCACGCUUCGAUCAGGACUAUGAAAGAUGCAUUAUCUAUAACAAAGGCACCUGUUAUAUUUUCGCAUAGCGCUGCCAGAUCUCUUUGUAAUUCAUCUAGCAAUGUACCAGACGACGUACUUCGAAAUUUGUCCGUUAAUGGUGGAUUGGUCAUGGUUAGUUUCGACAGUGCAUACCUUAGCUGUGGAGAUAAGGCUUCCAUGCACGACGUUAUAGCUCACAUAAAUUAUAUACGCCGAAUAGCUGGCGUUAAUCACGUUGGCCUAGGAGCCGGUUACGAUGGAAUCCUAAGUCCACCUACAGAACUUCCAGAUGUUUCCGGAUAUCCAUUGUUAUUGGCAGAAUUAACAAGGGAUAGACUGUGGUCCGCUUCGGAUAUAAAGAAAUUAGUCGGUGGAAAUUUAUUACGUGUUUUGAAGGAAGUAGAAAAUCAUGCUAUUGUUGUAUUACAUCAAUCUCCGGCUGAAGAAUGGAUACCACAAGAACUCAUAGAAGAUUCUUUUAAUUGUAUAAGUAUAGAUGCUUAA